GUUCGUCGUUACCUAAUUUUACAAUUUGCAUGAAAUAAUGAGAGUAUUUUAAUAUCAUCACAAUUACAAAUACGUUUGGCAAAAUGAUUAAUAGGUUUAAAUAUAUUUAUUCUAAUACAAAUAAGUUAAUAAAAAAUACAAGUUUUCAACAAACAAAACGAAGUUAUACGAUGCGAAGAGGUGCAUACGAUGGCGAAGGUAAAACUGUUUUGCGUUUAUUAAAUCAAGAUGCCGAAAUGGGCCUGAUGAUUAAUUCAUAUAGUCAAGUUGGUUUUUCCCUGAACAAUGGUGUUUCAGUAAUGGGUCCUGUAGCGAUAUUUCCCAGGACUGUUCUAUCAUGGAAUGUAGGAAAUAGUGAAGACAUAAAUGAGGCUUCAUUAUCUUUAUUUUAUACCUUAGAUCCAAAAUUGGAUGUUCUUGUUAUUGGUAUAGAACAAGAAAGUGUUAAUCCCAAGUUAAGGCAGAGGAUUAUGGAAAUUUUACGACCAAAAAGAAUUAAUGUUGAAGUUUUACCUACUGAUGUUGCAUGCACUACAUUUAACUUUCUUAAUGCAGAAAGUCGCAGCGUUGCUGGAGCAUUAUUACCACCUUUACAUAUUAAAGUAACUGAUAAUGACUUGUUAAAUAGUAAAAUUAAGCACAGGAUAUUACAUCAAUCUAGAAUCGACUAAUUACAUUUUCAUGAUUCUAUUGGAAGUGUUAGAAAAUAUCUAAAAAUAAUUUAGCCAAUUUAAGUAUCGAGCUUUGAAAUCA